CGCCUUCCUCGGAACCGGGUCGCCCUCGCCGACGCCGGCGCCGACCACCCCUGCGACGGUGCCAUCGGCGCCGUCAGCUGCGCCGACGCCAGCGCCGACGCCUCCGUCGGUGCCCUCGGGGCCGUCAGCUGCGCCGGCGCCAGCGCCGACGCUUCCGUCGGUGCCCUCGGGGCCGUCAGCUUUGCCGACGCCAGCGCCUACGCCUCUGACGGUACCCUCGGGGCCAUCGGCUUCGCCGACGCCAGCGCCGACGCCUCUGACGGUGCCUUCGUCGCCAUCAGCUGCUCCGACGCCAGCGCCGACGCCUCCGCCAGUGACCCUGGCGCCAUCAGCUGCUCCGACGCCAGCGCCAACGGAAGCGCCAGUGACCCUGGCGCCAUCAGUUGCUCCGACGUCAGCGCCAACGGAAGCGCCAACGUCUGCGCCCACCAUUGGGCAGACUGAGAUAUCGACAGAGGCGUGGGAUCACAUCUUGCUGCUCAACCAGCUGCGGAAGGACGGCUUCAACUGCACGGACGGGACCUAUUAUGAGCCUGGGGAGGAAUUGCAGUUGGACUGCCGUUUGUGGAAGGCAUCGUACCUGCACUCCAGGGACAUGGCCGACCGGGGCUACUUCAGCCACACCACGCUCGACACUGGCGAGAGCCCGUGGGAUCGAGCAAGUGAGCAGGGGAUCUCUGCCAACGGCGAGAACAUCGCGGCGGGGAGCUCCUCCGCAGAAGGCGCACUGAACCAGUGGAAGAACUCGGCUGGCCACUGCAGAAACAUGAUGAAUCCCAACAUGAAGCUGGUUGGUGUGGGCUACGCCUUGGGUGACAUCAACUACCGCCAUUAUUGGACCCAGAUGUUCUCGUCCCUCUCGCUCGACCCCAGCGAGGUCGACGUGUCUUGCUACCCUGCCGUCUGA